ACUCUUCUAAUAAAUCAAUUUCCAUUUUAUCUUCAUCCUAUCAAUCGCGGCUUUAUGCCAAUGGAAAUUGCAAUUUAUUAUCUUGGCAAGGUCAACUGAAAUGAGAUGCUGUGCUCGAAUCGAGUCGUCUUUCCCCACUGCAUCAACAAAUUGACUGCCGGCAAAAGCUUCCGACCCAACUUCUGUCUAAUAAAACCAUUCUCUCAGUCACUGGCAAUGGAAAGCGCCAGAAACGCCGAUGGCGAAGCUCCGACGACGGAGAUGAGCUUUGGUUUCCUCACCAAGAAGCCCUACACUCCUCCCUCUUGGGCCUUCCAUCUCAGUCCCAUCCCCUCCCACGUCUUCUCCCUUGGUCAUCUUCCAACUCCCAUUCAUAAAUGGAAUCUCCCCAAUUUACCCAACAAUGCUGAGGUUUGGUUGAAGCGUGAUGACCUUUCGGGGAUGCAAUUGAGUGGAAAUAAAGUUCGGAAAUUGGAAUUCUUGUUAGCGGAUGCGGUGGCGCAUGGUGCUGACUGCAUCAUCACAAUCGGUGGCAUCCAAAGCAACCACUGCCGUGCUACCGCUGUUGCUGCCAAGUAUUUGAACCUCGACUGUUAUGUUAUACUUCGAACCUCAAAGGUUCUUGUUGACCAAGAUCCCGGGUUGGUAGGCAAUCUCCUGGUGGAGCGUUUGGUUGGAGCUCAUAUUCAGCUUAUUUCAAAAGAAGAAUAUGCAAAAAUUGGGAGCGUUGCCCUUACAAAUGUUUUGAAAGAUAAGUUGCUAAAGGAAGGGAGAAGGCCGUAUGUUAUUCCUGUUGGUGGAUCAAACUCCCUAGGAACCUGGGGCUAUAUUGAAGCAAUAAGGGAAAUUGAGCAGCAGGUUCAGACUUCAUCUUCCAAAUUUGAUGACAUUGUUGUAGCAUGUGGCAGUGGUGGUACCAUUGCUGGUCUUUCCUUAGGAUCAUGGCUGGGUCCAUUGCAGGCAAAAGUUCAUGCAUUUUCUGUUUGUGAUGAUCCUGAUUACUUCUACAACUUUGUUCAAGGCCUAGUUGAUGGACUAAAUGCAGGUGUUAACUCCCGUGAUAUCGUUGAAGUUAUAAAUGCGAAGGGUCAAGGUUAUGCAAUGAGCACUCAUGAGGAGCUUAAAUUUGUUAAGGAAAUUGCUGCAGCAACUGGAGUUGUCCUUGACCCAGUUUACAGUGGGAAAGCUGCCUAUGGAAUGAUGAAAGAUAUGGCUGAGAAUCCAAAGAAGUGGGAAGGGAGAAAGGUCCUUUUUAUACACACAGGAGGACUCCUUGGGUUGUUUGACAAGGUUGACCAGAUGGCUUCAUUGUUGGAGAAUUGGCAACGAAUGGAUGUCCAUGAAUCAGUUCCAAGAGAAGAUGGUACUGGGAAAAUGUUUUAGUCUAGCAAAAACAUCUUGCUGGCAGGAAAAAUUGUAUUUCUAAUUAUGUUGUCUAUCCAUGAAAGCUUUAUGCAUGUAAAAUGGUCAAGGACAUAUAUGCACCAAUUAUGAUGAAAAGAGACUGAGUAGCUUUCCCAUUGCACGAGUUUUUCUUAAGAUCCUAUAAACCAAAUUAAGGGCUGCCUUACCAAGCAACUAUUUUAGGCGUCAGGUAUGUGAUGCGCCUAUAUAGGAUCAGUGGGGAAUUAUAUUUUUUAUUUUUGGAUGAAAGAAAAAAUUUUAUUAAUU